AAAGACGCGCCGCCGCUUCUUCGUCUUUCCUCGUGAAAUAUAUUAGGCUUUGUCGGUCAUCGCUAUCGUUUACCUUAAAGCUUCGAUUUUUUCCUUUGAAUAUACAAAAAAAAACCACACGUCGUUUAAAAGCAAAUACCCAGAUGACAAAUUGACAAAUCCUAACUAAAGAUCGAAGCUUUUUCAGAGUUCUGCUUUCUGUUUGAGAGUGAUCAUGAGAGCGAGAUUGUUGGUUUUCCCGAUCAAAGGGAAGAAGUGGUGUUUCAGCAGAUCUGUUGAUCCUUUCGCUGCUCAAUCGCCGUCCGGUGUUACUCCGACCACUUUACGAGGUUUAUGGAAGAAAAUAUCAUCUGAAUCGAAACCCAUCAAUGCCAACGCAGAGCUUCUCGUCGAUUUCAUCUCGGACAAGAUGAAUAAAGCUUGGGUGGGUCUUGAGCAAGCGCCUGAUGGAUCAAUGAAGAACAAAAUUCAUGGGUUUGGACUGAAGCUUCUGGCUCGUGUUAAGCCGUCUGAGAUUUUCUUGAAGUCUAUAUCUAAGGAGGUCACUUCUGUACAAGUCACUUAUCCUACGAGUUUAGAUCCUAGACUUGUACGCAGGAGACUACGGCACAUUGCCAUGAGUGGAACAAUCCUGCACAAGAAGUACCUAGUUGGUUCUGUAACUUUGCUUCCAUUGACCAGUGCAUUUAUGGUGUUGCCGUUACCAAACAUACCGUUUUUCUGGGUCUUAUUCCGUACAUAUUCUCACUGGCGGGCUCUUCAGGGAAGUGAGAAGCUGCUUAAGCUCAUCUCAAACCAGUCGAAUCCUCAGAAACCAGACUCAAGUGAUGAUGCAGAUGAAAGCAAGAAAAACAACAGCAACCUGGUAAAAGAAUCCCAAUCUCCCACAUGUAUUUUGCUAUCAUCAGAAGAGUUACAGCAGCAAAUUCGUGAAGCUAUCGAGGAAGGACUCGACGAGGCGAGCAUAGUAGAGAUUUGCAAAUCCUUUCAUCUCAAUAAGAACGAUGUUCUUAAAUAUCGCAAUCUAGUCUAACUCGUUUGGCACUUUAGGCUUUCUUUCUUAGAACAUAAUUUCAGCUGUUUGAAGCUAACGUUACGCUCCAAUUCAUUUUUUUGUCUUUUGAUUCCUUGUUGAUUUAUAAACUUGUUGUUACGAUUUUGAACUACAAGGAAACUCUAAACAUAAAUUAAGCUUGUUAAA